AUGGAGCCCCGACUCCGCCCAAGAUGCAGUCUUCUCCGCAUUUCACCUUUUCUUCUAGCUCUCCUCAAUCCUGUCGCCGCUGCGAUCCCAUACACGCCCUCAUCCAUAUUUCUUUCUCCGCUUUACAAUGACUCGCUGGCGUAUCUCCUCCAGCCGAGCAGCUCCAAUGCGGGCAAAACCGAGUUCCUAUCGUUGAACGUCUCUACCACUAUCGAUACCAGCAAAGCAUCGUUUGAUACACUCCUAGAGGAGACCCCGUUCCAAGAUGCCGAGAAAAAUUCCACGUACCUCCCCGUCAUCGACGACCACGGUGUCAUCACGGUCUACACAGGCAAUUGCCAUAGCUCGGUCGAUAAGCAGGAAAUAUGGCAGUUUCACCCGGACAAUACCAGCGCUAUAGGGAAUGGAACAUGGGCUCAGCUUUCACUUAAGAGUGACGCAGAGAAGACAAGGCCAAAUUAUCUUGCUGCGGGAUUUGCAUUUACUUCUAAAAACACAAGUGCAAGCUCCGUCUACUCAUUCGGUGGGAUGUGUCCGUUCGAGAAUAGCACCGAUCAAACUUGGUUGUCGAAUGCAAACUACUCUCAUUCAAUGGUCAUGCUACACCCUGGUUCCGACCAGAGUAAGUUUCGAUAUGAUGCGACAAUUACCGGCGACCGAGCACCCCCAGUCCCUGAAGCUGGAAUGGCUAUUAUUCCGCUGUCUCCCACAUUUUCAAAAACAGAAGUACAACAGGACUUUCUUAUGGUUGGUGGACAUACACGGGAGGCCUUUCUCAACAUGUCUCAACUUGCUAUAUUUUCUCUGCCGCAACAAAGUUGGAGCUUCGUUACGGUCAACUCGGUACAGAAGCUUAGAACCGAACUAGCUAUUCGCGAUCAACCUCUCGUGACACCUCGAUCCGGUCAUGCGGCUGUUCUGUCCGAAGAUGGCAAGAAGAUCUUUGUUAUUGGAGGAUGGGUAGGCGAUACAUCUGAGGCCGCCGAUCCCCAGUUCGCGGUUUUAGAGGUUGGAGACGGCUAUGGUGGAUCUGGGCAAUGGAAAUGGACCGUGCCAUCUUCAUCAUCAGCUGCAGCUGGUAUUGCUGAGGGAACUGGUUUGUAUGGACAUUCAGCUGCUAUGCUCCCAGGUGGUAUUCUGAUGGUUGCUGGAGGAUAUACCAUUCCAAAGUUGUCUUCGAAACGGUCAUCUACUGAAAGAAACUCGAAGAUGUAUCUCUACAACUCGACGUCUGGUGAUUGGGUAACAUCCUAUACCAACCCAUCAUCGCACAAUUCAACAGCCUCUGCGCAUCGAUCCCAUGGCCUCUCAUCAUCACAGAAGACCGGUCUCGGUGUGGGUCUGGGUCUUGGAAUUCCCCUUGCCAUACUUCUUAUGUGGUGGGCAUGGAGAUAUUAUCAAAAGCGCCGUGUCAAGGGCUACCGAGACUCACAACUCCGUGAACUAGCCUUGGGGGCUGAGCGUGCCCAUUUCUGGGGUCGUGAUGACCCGCAUCAGGCAAGCAGCAUCCGAAGCUCUCAAAUGAGCGAGAAGCUUGACCCAGCUUUAAUGUAUCCAUGGGCAGGAAAUCGCAAUACCACCACACGACCUCCUUCGAAAGAGCAACAUAUUGAGGGGACUGAAAAAACGGGCCUUCUCACAGAUACAUCUAGCCCGACCAAAACUGAUCGCCCGGAAAGUCGUCUAUCUAGCCCAACAAAGCCGUACAGAAUAUCGGCCGGAUACGCGGACUGGCGCCGCAGUGACAAUACCAGUGAAAUCCAUCCGAUUGAUGAACGAGAAGAGGACGAGGCGAUCUUCCGAGAGCGUUUGAUGGCAACUGUCCCUAAUGAAGAAAAGCCGCAUAUCCAUGACCCAGAAGAUCCUUUCACAGAGACUCCAUACGCAACACCUCGAAGUACGAUAUUCGGUGUUGGACUCGGUCCUUUCUAUACGAAGAGGAAAUAUCCUGCAUCAGAUGGCCGUUCUUCACCAACGCGGAGUGACCGAACGUCUACGAAUCUAUCCGAGGCCUCUGCACUUUCCUUCUCAUCCGGGCUUACUGGUCAAGUUGGACAAAUCAGAAACGUUCAUGUUGAUCGGCCUCUGAGUUGGGCUAGCAGCGGGGGUCAUUCUCUUGGAGGAAUCGCAGCGGCAUCGAUCCAUAGUGAUAUGGAUGGUAUGACUGCACCUUCAGAGAAGUCAUACUCAGCGGAUUCCUACUCCACUGCUCAAACCACCAUUGCUGAUCGCCAUGCGGAGAAUAUUUCUCUUCUUUUAGACGACUAUGCUACCACGCCUACCGAAACCUCACCCUCCAAACUUCCACCAUCACAAAAACCAAGGACAUCAGAUUGGAUGUUACAAACUGUUCGCCGUGCCCUUACCCUCACCCGACGUGGCCCUUCAGCAGCAGCAGCAGCAGAUGAAACUGAAACGGCGCAGCAUGUCUCCGGCAUUGACCGUCGUAGUACUGUGAUUGGACCAGGUACACUCCCGAAUAACGGCGGUGCCAGCACACCCCGUCGCGCUGUCUCGGCCUCUGCAGAGCUUUUCCGAAGGAAGCAAGGCGCAAAAGACUGGAACGCCAAAAAGCGCAUGUCUGACAAUUUUACAAUGGCCCGUUCAACUCGCGAUGACCUGUUUAUCGGCGCCCCUGGAUACCUUGGUGACGACGAUACUGUAGACGAAGACGACUGGGAUGUCGAGGGUGCUGCGGAGACCCGCAGGGUACAAACAACCUUCACCGUCCCUCGUGAAAAGCUACGAGUCGUCAAUGCUUCUGCUGCGGAUAACCUCUCCGUGCGAAGCACCAGUCGCAAUUUCAGUGGAAACGCUACUGCUCGAAGGGUAAGCAAAUAG